UUAAUAACAUUUUCUCACGCCUCACACAAAAGUUAAUAAAAAAAUAAUAAAGAAAUGGAGGUGGAAAAAAUGCGCGAGCAGCCGCUGCUGCAAAGCAAAUGCUGCAUCCUUGACUCCAGAUGUGCGCUGAACGAUUUAUAUCCGAUCGCCCGCUUGACACAGAAAUCGGACGUGCUUAAUAUGUCGUCGUCGUCGUCGAAAUUGGAUAAGGAAUGCCCCUAUACCAUAGAGGUUGUGCAGCCAGAAGAUACGGCUGCAGUUCUAACCAUGCUAAAGACUUUCUUCUUUAAGGACGAGCCACUCAAUACAUAUCUAGAUCUCGGCGAGUGCAAAGAGCUGGAAGAGUACUCAGUGAAACCGCUCAAGGACAAUUGCUCAUACAAGGCAGUCAACAACAAAGGCGAAAUUAUCGGAGUCUUCAUCAAUGGUCUAAUGAAAAAAGCUGACCCAUCAGAUCCCGUUGAAAAGGCAGCCGAUAGCUGCUCACAUCCAAAGUAAAAGAUACUCAGCCUAAUGGAUCACAUAGAGGAUCAGUUUAACAUCUUUGACUUGUAUCCGGAGGAGAACGUCAUUCUGGAUGGCAAGAUACUCUCCGUGGAUAGCAAUUACCGUGGCUUGGGCAUUGCCGGCAAACUAACGGAACGUGGCUAUGAGUAUAUGCGCCUCAAUAAUAUAUCCGUUUACCAUGUUCUGUGCUCCAGUCACUUUUCGGCUCGUGUUAUGGAGAAGUUGGGCUUCCAUGAGGUCUACAAAUUGAAUUAUGCUGACUACAAGGAUGGGUCAAUGUUUAAGCCUGCCCUGCCACAUGUGGCAGCACGCAUACUGGUCAAAGAUGUGGACAAAGCCAAGUCCAAGUCGACGUUGUAAUUGCUUCAACUAGUUGCGAGAGCAAUUUUGCAUUUUUAAUAGGAAAUAUGUGAUUUUUAGUUUAUAGUUCGGUGGCGGGCUAUCAAGAAUCGUAAAUUCAUUUCAUUCUAUUUUCUGUUAAAACCAGUAGAGAAAUUAACUGAGUACAAGUUAAAUAA